AUGGUUCUAGAGUUAAUUAUUGGGUCUUACUACACACUAUAUUAUGCCAACCAGAGUAAUGGGUCUAACUACAAACAACCUGAUCCCAACCAGAGUUACGGGUCUUAUUACACACAACCUGAUAUCAACCAGAGUUACGGGUCUUAUUACACACGACCUGAUCCCAACCAGAGUUACGGGUCUUAUUACACACGACCUGAUCCCAACCAGAGUUACGGGUCUUACUACACACAACCUGAUAUCAACCAGAGUUACGGGUCUUACUACACACAACCUGAUCCUAACCAGAGUUACGGGUCUUACUACACACAACCUGAUAUCAACCAGAGUUACGGGUCUUAUUACACACAACCUGAUAUCAACCAGAGUUACGGGUCUUAUUACAAACAACCUGAUAUCAACCAGAAUUACGAGUCUUAUUACACACGACCUGAUCCCAACCAGAGUAACGGGUCUUACUACACACAACCUGAUCCCAACCAGAGUUACGGGUCUUACUACACACAACCUGAUAUCAACCAGAGUUACGGGUCUUAUUACAAACAACCUGAUAUCAACCAGAGUUACGGGUCUAAUUACACACAACCUGAUAUCAACCAGAGUUACGGGUCGUACUACAAACAACCUGAUAUCAACCAGAGUUACGGGUCUUAUUACACACAACCUGAUAUCAACCAGAGUUACGGGUCUUAUUACACACAACCUGAUCCCAACCAGAGUUACGGGUCUUACUUCAAACAACCUGAUCCCAACCAGAGUUACGGGUCUUAUUACACACAACCUGAUAUCAACCAGAGAUAUUGGUCUUAUUACACACAACCUGAUAUCAACCAGAGAUAUUGGUCUUAUUACACACAACCUGAUAUCAACUAG